CAAUGUUCCAGAAGGUAGGCAGAGCCGUGGGCCGUCUCCGCCGUGGUGCCGCCGCUGUCAGCGCUGGAGGGGGCGGGCUGUUUCGGAGCACAGUGAUGGGAGUCGCUGCGGUUGUUGAGGCGUUCUUCUUUCCUUCCGUCUCGGGAAGUUUCCUCUCCGCCAAGUUCCAUGGUUGAUUCGGACCGACAUGAGCCGCCCGUCCUCCGCCGGACCCUGUGCUAGCAAGCCCUGUGGUAAACAGAAGCUGCCGCCGCCGCCGCACACUCCGUCCCCUGCGGUCACCAGCGCCACGAUCUCCGCUCCCUCCGGCCCUGCCGCCCCUCCACAGUCCCCGGCGGCGGCAGCGGCCAUCUCGGGACCGGUGUCCCAGCAGCAGCAGCAGCACCACGAGCUGACGUCUCUGUUCGAGUGCCCGGUAUGCUUCGACUACGUCCUGCCUCCCAUCCUGCAGUGCCAGGCUGGGCACCUGGUGUGUAACCAAUGCCGCCAGAAGCUGAGCUGCUGCCCCUCGUGUAGGGCGUCCCUCACCCCCAGCAUCCGGAAUCUGGCGAUGGAGAAGGUGGCCUCUGCGGUCCUCUUUCCAUGCAAGUAUGCUUCUACAGGAUGCUCUCUGUCUCUCCAUCACACAGAAAAACCUGAACACGAGGACAUCUGCGAAUAUCGACCCUACUCCUGCCCCUGCCCUGGAGCUUCUUGUAAAUGGCAAGGUUCCUUGGAAGCGGUUAUGCCCCACCUGACACACGCUCACAAAAGCAUUACCACCCUUCAAGGAGAAGACAUAGUCUUCCUCGCUACCGACAUUAACUUGCCUGGAGCAGUUGAUUGGGUCAUGAUGCAGUUCUGUUUCAGCCACCAUUUCAUGUUGGUGCUGGAGAAACAAGAGAAGUACGAGGGACACCAGCAGUUCUUUGCCAUCGUCCUCUUGAUAGGCACACGAAAACAGGCUGAAAACUUUGCCUACAGACUUGAACUGAACGGAAACCGUAGACGUCUAACCUGGGAAGCCACACCAAGAUCCAUCCAUGACGGAGUUGCAGCAGCCAUUAUGAACAGCGACUGUUUAGUUUUUGACACAGCGAUUGCACAUCUUUUUGCUGAUAACGGGAACCUGGGCAUCAACGUAACCAUAUCUACUUGUUGCCCAUGAGCUUUGUUUUGGUGGGGGGGGUUUUGUCACAAAGGUAGAUAUUUAUGUGGCUCAUUUGGAGUAGUGCUGUCUGCAUUUUAUAUUUUAUUAAAGUGAACUCACUUUUUCCAAUACUCAUUGCCAACAAUUUUAUAGAGACUAUAUGUAGUUGCAUAUUACGACUAAGGCUGUGAAUUGUUUCUUAAAGAGCUGAGAAAUACAGAAUUUUCCUUAAGUUAUUUCCUAUGAAAAGUGACUUGUCUUGAUUAUUAAAAAGAGAUUUGUCAGGAAAGUUUGUGAAAGUCCAGCAGGAGAAACCUAAGCGUUGUUGCAUGGUGUCUGUGUGAUAAACGUAUGUGCAGGAGAACCCCGUUCAGCAGAACAUUGCUGUGUAAUGUUUUGUGAGCGAUGCAUAGACCAAAUUUUAUGUGCCAGAGUCUGAACUGUUUGUUUUUUGGUUACUUCUUGUCUUUAUAUUUAUAUUAAAGCGCACAUUUUGCAGUGUU